ACUAGACUAAAAGUUUAUGUUGCUAUAUAGACGAGAUCGCUUGGCUGAGGUUAUAAGGUGCAAACAAUUCAGGAAAAAUAGUCGAAUCUUUGUUGAUAAUAGGCCAAAAUGGCAGACGAUUUGCAGAACUACAAACUGCAACUGCAGCAGGUCGAAGCUGCUCUGCUUACCGAUCCGGAGAAUGCGGAACUGCUCAAGCUGAAGGAAGAUUUGAACGAGGUAAUCGAACUGACGAAGGAUCUGAUCAAGGCACAGCAGGAACCGGAACAGAAGAAAUCGGCGUACAUUGAGCCGGCCACUAGCAGCUACUACGAUGGCGUCUCGGGAGUGGAUAAAAAGCAAACGAAACCAGCCAAGGUAUGGAAGGUGGGUGAUAAAUGUUCUGCUAAGUGGAUUGAAGACGGUCAGUACUAUGAUGCUACCAUAGAGUCGAUUUCGGAAACCGGAGAGGUGAGCAUCGUGUUUGAGGCGUACCAAAACCGGAGCAACACAACCAUUAGCGAGCUGAAGGAACCAAAGUUACGGAACGAAGUGUUUCCCGCCAACAGUAACAAACGCUUGCGGCACAAUCAGAAGGAAUAUCUGAAGAAAAAGAAAAUGAAAAAAGUCCAGCGAUUCAAGGAGCUUGAGGAGGAACGCGAAUGCGAGAAAAACAAAUGGCUCCAGUUUACUGCAAAAUCGACGAAGAAAUCGGGCGUGAAGGCGAAAAGUAUUUUUGCUUCGCCAGAAAAUGUUAACGGUCGGGUCGGUAUCGGUACGUGUGGUGUAUCCGGUAAACCCAUGACCGAGUUUUCACAUGGCGAGAAGUACAGGAAAGGUGUUUAAACAUUUCUAAUAGCAACGAUUGUAACAAAAUUGCGUGUGUUGCAAGAUCAUUUGUUUCGUUUUGCUAUUGAAGCACUCGCCGUAUUUUAUCCACAUGUCUUUAGAACUUGUUUUAUUACAUACUUUUUCAUCUGCACCGUGGUUCAACAAACAGCCGCCGGUGAAGGCGAUGUUUCUCAGUAGGCUUUUUAUGUUUUUUUCGGUACCUCAGUGAAUCAAGAAUUGAACUUCGGACGGGCGCGUUUAAUAGCAUGAGUACCAAGCAUACUUUGGGGAAGGGGAGAAAUCAUAUUAAAGUACGAAUAAAAUGAAUAAGCUAAU